CAUGAAUCACCGUGUCCCGUCCAACUGCAGGUACCAGCCGACGGAGUACGAGCACGCAGCAAACUGUGCCACCCACGCAUUCUGGAUCCUGCCCAGCAUCCUCGGCAGCUCCAUCCUCUACAUCCUCUCUGACGAUCAGUGGGAAACCAUCUCUGCCUGGAUCUAUGGCUUUGGCUUGUCCAGCCUCUUCAUUGUCUCCACCAUCUUCCACACCAUCUCCUGGAAGAAGAGGCAUCUCAGGACCGUGGAGCACUGCUUGCACAUGUUCGACAGGAUGGUGAUCUACUUCUUCAUCGCAGCUUCAUACGCUCCCUGGCUGAACCUGCGGGAGUUGGGUCCCUGGGCCUCCCACAUGCGCUGGAUCAUCUGGAUCAUGGCAUCUAUCGGGACCGUCUAUGUUUUCUUCUUCCAUGAGCGGUACAAGCUGGUGGAGCUGGUGUGCUACGUUAUCAUGGGCUUCUUCCCUGCCUUGGUCAUUCUCUCCAUGCCCAACAGGGACGGCCUCCCAGAGCUGGUGGCCGGUGGACUCUCAUACUGCCUGGGCAUGGUCUUCUUCAAAAGCGACGGCCGCAUCCCUUUCGCUCAUGCCAUCUGGCACCUCUUCGUGGCCAUCGGAGCUGGCAUCCACUACUAUGCCAUUUGGAGGUACCUCUACCGGCCCGGCACGCUGGAGGCUAAAACAUCUCGGUAG